CUGAACUUAAAAUUCUCCAGGUAUGUUAGCAGUUUGAAUCUUAAGCCACGAUUCAUGGAACACAUCAACUUUGGUAAUGUUGCUUUCUCUGCUUGAACAUCGGAUAAGAGGGUUGGUAACAAGUAUCUUAAAUCAUUGCAGUGGUGUAUUCCCUUCGCUGACAAGUGCGCUCUAGGUGGUGAUGGCCAUUCUAACAUGUCUUGAUCUGAUCUGCUUUUGGAAAAGAUGAGACCUGUACACGAUCCACGUGAAUGCAUCUUCCCAAGCUAAAGCUUCCAACCGCGAUGGUUUCAUCUCUCACUCAUGGACCGGGACUUGUCCGGCCUUCGUGUCUCCACACCAGCGCAGCAAUUCUUGCUGCCUGCUGGCAAUGGAUUCUUCACCUCGUCAUUGUCUUGCCCGUCGGCACAUGGAUAUGGCAUCCGGUCCUGUGAGGUGACUGGCAGAUUGGGUCACUUCAAACUUUGUAUCUACCCAUUGACUCGCGGAUAUACUUCAAAACUGACCAUCCGAGGAUCUUAUGCUGAAGGGAGAGAAGAUAUGGCCCUCAAGGCCCUUGUAAGGCAGCGAGACAGCGAGACAGUGGUGACUGUCCCAUUUUGGUUGCAGGCGAUUCCUUCUCAUUGGCAGCAGUCGGUACCUUGCCAAAGUUUGGCGAGGUCGGCAUCCUGCGAGAGCUCUGUGAGGAACUGGAGGAGGGGAGGUCAUCUCCAGCUCUGUGCAGGAACUGGUGCAGGACGCCAAGGAGAUGCGCAGCACAAGGGCAAGGCCAAUGGAAGGUAUGUGCGGUCUGAUGCCGUGCUUCUUGCCGCACGACUCGGGCUCCGUCCGCCUCGCACGGCGAGACAGAAACCGGCGGCGAGGUGAGGGGCGGCGGCGACGAGCACGAAGACUGGACGCGCGUAUCCGCUGCGGCUGGACGCGCUGUCCGUGUCGUGUUCGGGCUCCGUUCUCUUCCCUCUUCCUCCCAUCGUGUUUGCUGACGCAUCAGGAAUCCUGAACCAAGAGGCGUCGUCCGUCGCUCUUCAAAGUGCGAGCUCUGAAAACGGCAAGGCGGGGGCGUCCUGCGCGUUCACACUGCAUCCGGUCUUCGGACUUCUAGACCUCGCCACGACGCCAGAACCGGGACACUCGGCUCGGAUUGGCCUCCUUCUUGGCACCACGAACGAGCCAUGAUAUAUGUGGCUUAAAAGUAUGCUUGGUUAGUUUUCAACUUUUAUCCAGCGAAAAUCAAGAUGUGCCAAUUGAUUUUUUUAUCUAAAAUUAGAAUUUCUAUAUUUUGAAUUAAAACUAUAGCAAGUUACUAUAAAUGGUAUGCAUGUAGUAAUGAACAAUGGUCCCACAAAAGGAACAGAAAGCACGAAAAAAGAAAAAGAAAAGAUCAAACUACCCGAUAGCCGAUCGAGGGAGCUCCUAUAUAACCUG